CAGAUUCCCGCGCGCACGUCCUCACGUAUCCGCGCCGCCCUCCGCGCGCGCCCCCGCCCCCAGGCACACCUGCUCGUACCCCCGCUCUCCGCGCGGCCCCGUGCAUCGCUCCCCACGACAGUCACAUCCCCGCCGCCCUCCGCCCUGGAGGCCCCCAUUCUGCCCGGGCUGCGCGCUCCUGCCUCGCCCCCUUGUACACGCAGCCCUGCCGUCUGGGCACACCUCCCCCCGGCCUGCCUUCUUGCACACCCAGCCUCCCUCACACUCGGCGCGUUUGCGCACUCAGGCUUGGUUUCAUUGCGUGCCCGCUCCACACGCCUCUGCUCUUCCCCACCCACCCACCCAUUGUCCCACAUCUCGCUGCCUCACAGACACCAGCCCCCCCCUCUUCCCCGCCCACAGCCCUCACACCUUUCAAACUAUGCCCACCCUUUCCAACGUGCCACUCCCUUGCCUGCGCUCACCCACCCGUUUUACUCACACUUGGCCGCUUUCGCACACACUGCUACCCCACGCCGUGCCCUUGUGCAGUCAUAUGCCAUCCCUUCGCAAGCUCCUAGGCCUACGCCCCACUCACCCUCUUGGUGCCUCACCCAUGCUAAGCUAGUCUGGCGUGAACUCGCAGCCCCUCUGAGCCGUGUGGUAAAUAGUAAACUACCGCAGCAGAGCCAAGGCUAGAAUCCCAUGGCCAAUGCCUGACCCCCUCAGUCAGUGGUUUACGGACCGGUUGUAGAAUCUGUGGGUGGCUGCGUCGGCCCCCUGGAGAAAUGUGGUUAAUAGACUGUGGUUUUCAUCUGGAGAACCCAAAGCAGUUCACGAAGAUUACCUGUAAAGAUUUCAGAGUCUGUGAAUUGUGAGAGGGAGGUUUCUCUGACAGAUCCCCAACUAAAUCCAGUAAUGAUAAUCCUGGAUUUUGAACAGUACUGGACAGAACUCAGAGGAACUACACUUUUCUUUUAUAGUGAUAAGAAAACCCCAACCUAUUUAGAGAAACUAGAGCUGACGAAUUUGACAUCAGUAGUGAACGUUUAUCCAGAUGAAAAGUGCGGUGCACAGUUUAUCCUGAUGCUGAGAAAUGAGAAAGUGGAGCUGAAGGUCGAGGACUAUGACAGUGGGGAGGAAUGGAAAGGCUUUAUCCUCACAGUCACACAGUUGUCAGUUCCAGUGUGUAUAUCACUGCUACCUGGACAACUUAUUAAGCUGCAUGACGUGCUAGAGAAAGAAAAGAAAAGGAGGACUGCCAUGGAAGAGUCACCCAGUGCAUCUUUGAGCACAGAGGAGACAAACAAUGGAGAUGUUAACAUAUUGAGCACUAUGCCAGAGUGUUUCUAUGCAGUGUCACGACAGAAAGCGAUUGAGAUGUUAGAGAAGAAUCCUUCUUGGGGUAACUUGAUCCUGCGGCCUGGUAGUGACAGUAAGAACUACUCAGUCACUAUCAGACAGGUGAUAGAUGGUCCAUGCAUAAAGCACUACCGAGUGAUGAACAUGGGCAAAGGUUACACAAUUGAACUGGCAAGACCAGUUAUACGCCCGAGCCUUCAUGAUGUCAUUGGUUACUUUGUGAAUCAAACCCAAGGCAGCUUGAAGCCAUUUGUCACACACACGUAUGACAACAAAUUGGGUAUGCGGCUUGUUUCUACAUCUGAACUUUCUUUAGAGCAUGCCCCAAGAGAGAUGCACCCGGCGAUUGUCUCUCAGCCCAGAGCCAAGCCUCCCCGGAGCCGUAUGCCUGAGAAAGAAACAGCACCGCUUCAGCAGUAUCCUGUAGCCAGAUACGUGCAUGAAACUCGUGGCAAAGAGAUGAAAGAAAGAGUGAAGAGACAAGCAGCUGACAGACAACGUGCAAAUCAACCCCUUUGAAGUGGAAAAUGUAGGAAGGAUGGACGUUUUCUUAGGGGAAAAAAAGUCACGUUCUAGCCCCAGAAAUCCCUGUGGGCUAAAUUUAGUAGUACAGUCUCACCUUGUAUCAACAAAUCUCAGAAGCUGGUGGAAUAAAUUACGGCACAUUAAACUGGAUAUCUGUUUCCUAAGGCUUCCAGUUGGUACAAAACAAAGUCCAUCUCCAUGGCUCUAAGCACAUUUAUCUCAGCAGCCUUAUGAGACUUUCUGGGACACAGUAGAAUGAUCCCACCCCCAGUCUGACAACCUCUGUGCUGUUGAGGAUGAAAGUCUCGGGGAAGGAGAACAUCCUACUGGAGCAGAGGGAAAUGAUCCCAUAGUUGGGACCUCCAUUCCAAAUGAUGUUGUGGUAUCCUCACGCACUGAGGUUACUUCUCGAGGGGAGGGAACUCCAGUUAUUAGGAAGAGGCAGGUAAUAGUUAUGGGGGAUUCAAUCAUUCAACACAGAUAGCUGGGUUUGCAAUGAUUGGGAGAACCGCAUGGUGACGUGCCUGCCUGGUGUGAAAGUUGCGGAUCUCUCAAGACAUCGAGAUAAGACUUAUGUGUAGUGC